CGUAUGUACGACAUUUCAACCCUGCAGCCAUGGCGACACAAGGUAGAAUGUUGACACUGGCGGCUUCGGCCAUUUCCCCUUUCUUGAUCGUUAUCUUGACUCCCAUUGUAUUUCUCCUGUUUAUGUUGUUGAGGUCUAAGGGGCCAGUGAUUGAGAACGUCCCAGGGCCCCUAAUUGGUCGAUUCUUCGCUGGAAUUGACACAAAGUAUGCCUUCAUCUCUGGUCGGAGUGCCUCUAGUUUCCAUGCAUUGCACAAAUCUUACGGCGAUAUCGUGCGAUUCGCGCCAGGCCAAGUGACAACGAAUACAGUGAAAGCUUUUCGGAACAUAUACGGCUCGGGCGCAUUUCUCAAAACCGACUUCUAUAAAGGAAUUUCAAGAAGGAAUAUUUUCACUGCUACUGAACCAGCAUACCAUACACCUGUCAGGAAAUUGUUCAGUCCAUCGUUUAGCCCUGGAUGCUUAAAAUCACAUGAGGGUGUUAUUAGGGACUGUAUUUUGAAGUUGCAUGGAGUAUACAAGGAGAAACUAAGGACGAGUGGUGACACCUUGUCCUUGAACAAUCUCUUAUACUGUCAUUCUGUCGACACAGUGGCCGAGGUUCUGUUAGGCAAGUCUUUAGGGUGCCUUGAUCGAGGGCGACCCUACUUCUGGACUGAACAACUACCACGUAUUUUCUACUGGGCAACUAUUCGGAACCAGUUUCAAGGAUCUGGUGUUCCAACUCUGCUGAAGUGGAUGUUACGUCGUUUCCUUGCUAAGGGUGUACGACUGCGCAAUGAAGAAGCACGGAUGCGGCUGAUUUACGAACAGCUGAAGACCGUCCAUACCCGGCGAGAUAUAAUGGUGGAAGUGCUCGAGCGAGCUGAACUUGGUAGCGAAUUGCCAGAAUCGGAAAUCGCCGAAAACUUUUCGGCGAUUAUGCUAGCGGGAUUUCAUACAACACAAAACGCACUAUGCGCAACGAUAUACUUUGUUCUCACCAACCCCAGUGUGCAUUCCAAGUUAGUGGCGGAACUCCAAUCUACGUUCUCAUGUGCGGGAGAUAUCUCAUGCGAUUUGGCGGCGGGUCUUCCUUAUUUAAACGCGGUCAUCACAGAGUCCUUGAGGGUACACUCACCUGUUCCUAUAGGUUCACCACGAGUUUCUCAGGAGGGUAUGGUUGUAGAUGGCGUCUUUAUUCCACCUGGGGUCGAGAUUUGUACCACCCUUUAUGCCUUGCACCGUAACCCGGACUACUUUGGCGAACCCGACACUUUCUGUCCAGAGCGAUGGACCGAAGGAUUAUUCAAGGCUAAGAGAGACGCUGUCCAGCCAUUUCUCAUUGGCAGCCGAUCUUGCAUUGCCAAAUACUUUGCCCAGCAGAUGCUGCAGCUGACAUUGGCUGCCUUCUUCUUAGAAUUCGACGCUACAUAUGUGGGUCAGGUGAAGGACUGGCAGCGCGAGACCAAAUGCUAUGCGUUCUGGGAGCUCCCUGACUUGACCGUGCAAAUGCGGACACGCUUUGACGCUUGAGUUCCGUCUAUUUCAACACCUAAGCUCUCACAGUCUGCGGCGCGUUUCUUACCCCAAGCAAGCCCGACUUCCCCACUUCUGAGUAAUACAUAUAUUUCCUUUUAUGGUUUCACUUUCUGGCAUUUGCUAUUCGU